GUGGGGAGAAGCCCAGGGUACCACUAAUUGAGGGAGUGAGGAAGGGAGCAGCUCGCCUCGAACGGGACCACAGAUUUGUGACAGCAUCCUGAGCUGGUGACAGACCUACUUUGUGACUUUCAGCUGGAUCCAGCCCUCACAUUCCAGAAAACAUGACCCUCGCUGCCUACAAAGAGAAGAUGAAGGAGCUUCCACUGGUGUCCUUGUUCUGCUCCUGUUUUCUGGCUGAUCCCCUGAAUAAAUCAUCCUAUAAAUAUGAAGCAGACACAGUGGACCUGAACUGGUGUGUAAUUUCUGACAUGGAAGUCAUCGAGCUGAACAAAUGUACCUCGGGCCAGUCCUUUGAAGUCAUCCUGAAGCCACCCUCCUUUGAUGGGGUUCCUGAGUUCAAUGCCUCCCUACCCAGGCGGCGAGACCCAUCACUGGAAGAGAUCCAGAAGAAACUAGAAGCAGCUGAGGAGCGAAGGAAGUACCAGGAAGCUGAGCUCCUGAAGCACCUGGCAGAGAAACGAGAACACGAGCGGGAGGUGAUCCAAAAAGCCAUUGAGGAAAACAACAAUUUCAUCAAGAUGGCUAAGGAAAAACUGGCUCAGAAGAUGGAAUCCAAUAAGGAGAACCGGGAGGCCCACCUUGCCGCCAUGUUGGAACGGCUGCAAGAGAAGGUAAGUGUUCUUGGUGAAAGAAGAGACUCCUGGAACACUCUCUUCCUUCCAUGGCAAGUAUAAAGGACUUACAUAUUAUUUCAGGUAGCAAACAGCCUCAGGUAGGAAAGGGGGUAUUUCUGUUAGGCUGGAUCCUUACAGAGUUACAAGGGAUGUUUUGGGAAGUCAUUGGCAAGAAACGAGCUGAGCUUUAGAAUUCCUUGGGGGAUAUAAUGCGCAGCUACACAACUGAAAUUUCUCAUUGUCUUAGGGAGAUUAGACCUCUUAUCUUCUAGAGAAAGCCUGCCUAAUGCAAAAGAGUAAGGAUGAACAAGCAGUUGUACAUUCCUGGUUCAUCCUUGAAUGGACUGAUUUGAUUUAAUGAAAGGUGAUGACUUGGGCUCUUGGAUCUAAGCCAAGGGCAUGAGAAGCUGAGUUGACCAUUGAGCAGGAAACAUGAUUGUCUCCAAACCUAUGAUAUGGACUGAGUGAGUCACAGAUCUUUCCAAUAUUCUGCCCUUUGUCAAUAAACCAAAUGGUGUCACCUAUAUAAGAGAAACGUGAGAGACUGGGAUUGGUCCCACGUGUCAGCAGAAUAACAGCCCGUUCUGCUGAGAACACGUUGGCCUCAUUUCCUGAGUCUCAAGCCUGCCCCAGUUUCUCCUGCAGCUCCUGGGAGAGCUCCAGCUCUGUGUUUUAUUUCCAGGAGCCGCCUGCUGCGCGGUGACUCCCGGGACCCGAUCGGUGGCCUCGUCCCAUGGUGAGCAGCGUGGUCCCCACUCCUUCCUGCCCAUCCACCUAGAGUCUCAGGCCCUUGGCAACAGCUACUAGAAAGAUUGGUUUCUUUACAGGGGAUCUGAAUGUUGCAUAGGCCCUGCAACUAGCCAGCAUGUGGCAGCCCUUCCGCUCUCACACUCCACCCUUCUAGGGGCAAUAAGACCUCCACCAAGUAUCAGAUGGGAGGGAAGUGAUCUGGGUCUCAUUUCAGUCUUCCCUAGUUAUCGAGGGAUGGCUAGGAACAAAUUCUUGCAG